GUUUCACUCUUAUCAAGACAAUGUAACCAUAUGUUCUAUUAAAUUCCUAAUAUUCAGAUAGAAUAAAACAAAUUCAGAAAUGGCUUUCAAAAGAUGGGCCCCUGAUGGACCUGUGCCUGACAGAUGGCUAGAUUGUCCCCCAAAUGGAAACCAUUUGAUUUUAUCCAAAUUUAUGCCUUUAAAAACUCCGUUAAAUUCUAAUUUCGAUCACCAAAUACCUAGAGACCUUAGAUAUCAUCCGCGAGAGAUAUUUUCUCUAGCAAAAAACAACAAAGUAAAAAUUGGUUUGUGGAUAGAUCUAACAAAUACAUAUCGAUAUUACCGAAAGGAAGACAUACGACAGGAAGGCUGCGAAUAUGUCAAAAUAAAAUGUAGAGGUCAUGGUCAGGCACCCACGCCACGUGAUACCCAGUUUUUUAUUUCCGUCGUGCAUGAGCAUAUUGUUAAGGCCCCAUUUGAAUGUAUAGCUGUACAUUGCACUCACGGUUUUAACAGGACAGGAUUCCUAAUAACAGCAUUCUUAGUUGAAAGGUUAAAAUUUGAUGUUGGUACGGCAUUACAGAUUUUUUCAGAAUCAAGGCCUCCCGGUAUUUAUAAAGACGAUUAUAUAAAAGAAUUAUUUAAACGGUAUGGAAGGAUAGAAGAUGCUCCACCUGCCCCCAGUCUACCCGAGUGGUGUGAAGAGACGGUACAUUGUCGAAAAAGAAAGCGUGAACGUAACAUUGAAAGAACUAAAUUUGUGAAACAGUAAGAGAUCUUAUUUGUUAGGAUUAAUACAUCAUAUUUAUUGUUAUGGAGUUUUACAGCUUAAUGAAUUGAUAUGAAAAGAAAAACAAGUAAUAAACACAUUAAA